CCAGCUCUGCUGCAGCUGUCCUCCUUUGCUUUCGUGGUCACCCAUAAGCCUAUUUGCAUCCCAAAUGAGAUAGCGAUGGGUUUACAUGUCAGUGGCAAUGGCGCGGACUAUUCUCUGUGCGAGAGCAUUAGUGGGGCUAAAAGCAGUAAUGCCAUCAGGGUCAGCUCAGUUCAUGAGGAUACGUCGCUCUGCAGAGGACGGUGAGCAAAGGGGAUCGGUUGGCUCCACAGGCAUCAGCAGAGGGGAGCGCAGUCCAACAGAUGCACCGAUAUCCGCAUCUUCAAAAAUAUGUUUGCCAAGUUUAAGGGCCUCUUCUCAGGCCCGCAAGUUCCAGCUGAUUCUGGGACCACUAUAGCAUCACCAGCACCAGCUCCUGCUCCAGCACCUCCACCAGCUCCAGCCAAGGAGGAGAAGCCGAACGAGAAAGAAAAUGAAGCAAAGAAAGAGGAGCAACUGCAGGCACCUGCACCGGCCCCAGAACCGACUGCUGCACCGGCCCCAGCUCCGGCUCUGGCUCCGGCCCCGGCACCGACUGCUGCCCCAGCUCCGGCCCCGGCCCCGGCACCAGCCCCAGCUCCGGCUCCAGCAGCCACACCUGCAGACCCUGAGCACCCGGAACCUGAAGGACAAGACGAGGCCCCUCCUCCGCCGAUUGUCAUCAACAAAUAUUCAGAUGAGCAGCUCAGAAUGGUGGCCCAACGGAUGAAAGAGAGACUGAAUUUAUACAAGGAGAAAGUGAUUGAUCAGUAUGCUUCGUCCCCCGAGAUUACCCCUCCUGUCACUCCACUGCUACUUAAAGACGAAUACGCCAGAGUGACGGAGGAAAGGGCGAGGAAAGCAGAGGAGGACAGAAUAAAGAAGGAGGAGGCGGAUAAGAAGAAGAAAGAAGAACAGGAGAAGAAAAAGAAGGAAGCUGAGCAGAAGAAGAAAGAGGAGGAGGAGAAAAGAAAAGAGGAGGAGAAGAAGGUGAAGGUGCCCCUAAAGACGAGGUUGAUUGCGGCCUACUGGGCGUCAGUGGACUUGGUGAUGGGCCCGCUGGCGGACAGGAUGGAUUCCGUCCUGGGUCCCACCAUCGACCCCUUCACGGAUCGUCGCUACAUCGCGUGGCUGAGCCUGGUUACUGUGGCCAUCAACUACAACACAUGGUUCAUCACCGCCAGAAUGUGUUUCCCGUACCACAGCGAGAUCGCCAACCCUAUUUGGUUCACCUUGGACGGUGUGGCGGACGUCAUUUACCUGCUAGAUGCCAUCUUGUUUCAGCCUCGCAAACAGUUUGUCAAAGGAGGAGACAUCAUAAAAGACCGUGUCUCGACAACCAGGCACUACAGGGAAUCUGAGAGAUUACUGGCAGAUGUGGUUUCUGUACUGCCAUUCGACUUGUUGUACCUACAGUUCGGAUUCAAAUCUGGUUUCCGAGUCAACCGCUUACUAAAGAUGGAUACCUUUUUUGAGUUCAGUGACCGUCUGGAGAGCAUCUUGGCUAAGGCGUACAUCUGGAGAGUGAUUCGCACCAUUGGGUAUCUCCUCUUUAUGCUCCACCUGAACGCUUGCUUCUACUAUGUGGCCUCGGAGUACCAGGGCAUCGGUGGAACAAAAUGGGUCUACUCCGGUCUGGGCAGCGCGUACCUGCGCUGCUACUACUUUGCCGUCCGCAGUCUGAUCAACAUCGGGGGCCUUAACGAGCCUCACACGGUCUUUGAGAUUACCUUUCAGAUGACUAACUUUUUCGUAGGCGUCUUUGUGUUCUCCAGUUUGAUUGGACAGAUGAGAGAUGUGAUUGGCGCGGCCACGGCAGGACAGACCUACUUUCGAUCCUCCAUGGACAACACAGUGGCUUACAUGGUGACCAACAACAUUCCCUCUUUGGUGCAGAACAGGGUGCGCACCUGGUACACCUACACUUGGGACGCUCAGGGCAUGCUGGAUGAGUCUGAACUGCUGGAUAAGAUGCCUCUCGUAAUGAGGACCGCCAUUGCUGUGGACAUCAACCUGGUGACGUUUCAGAAGAUUGAUCUUUUCAAGGGCUGCGACCAGCAGAUGUUGGUGGACAUGCUGCUGAGACUGAAGUCCAUCAUCUACCUACCGGGAGACUUUGUGGUGAAAAAAGGCGACAUCGGGAAGGAGAUGUACAUCAUCAAAAGUGGAGCGGUGCAGGUGGUGGGAGGACCCGACAACAGCAUCGUGUUCGUAACGCUGAAGGCCGGCUGCGUGUUCGGAGAAAUCAGUUUGUUGCAGUCUUCUAAGGACGGAGGGAACAGGCGAACAGCCAACGUCAAAGCUUAUGGCUUCGCGAACCUUUUUGUUCUGGAGAAGAAGGACCUGUUUGACAUUCUCGUCCACUACCCGGAGUCUCAGAAGGUGUUGGCCAGAAAAGGGAGGAAACUAAUGAAGGCUAAGGGCCCAGCAGCAGCAAAGGUAGAGGAAGAGAAGAAGAAAGGACUGGCGCUGUUCGGGCCCAAACCGCCAACGCCCAAACUGCUGCGAGCUUUCGGAGGAAACUUUAAUAAAAUGAUGUUUAACCAAUCAAAGGUAAGUCGACGCUACUUAAGACACACGAUAUAUAUCAUUACAACACUUUUAAACCCUACUUUUUUGUGUGUUUUUUUUGUUUUGUUUUCUUUUCCUCAACAGAACACUGAACAAAAGUGA